GCCACCACCGUCAGCGUCAUUUAGGACCCUACACAACAUCAUGGCGGCCGCUGGUACGAAGUCGGUUGUGUUCGUAUGUUUGGGAAACAUCUGCAGAUCCCCCAUUGCUGAAGCAGUCUUCAGGAAGAUGGCAACGGAUGCUGGUGUUGUUGAUAAGUGGAGGAUAGACAGUGCUGCAACCUCCAACUAUGAGAUAGGAAGUUCUCCAGACCACCGCGGUCAAGCCUGCAUGAAGAAUCAUGGCGUGGCCAUGUCGCAUGUGGCCAGGCAGGUGACCAAGGACGAUUUCUUGAGUUUCGACUACAUUCUCUGCAUGGAUGAAAACAAUUUGAGUGAGCUGAACAGGAAAGCGAAACUUGUGAAAAACUACAAAGCAAAGAUUGAGCUUCUUGGUUCAUAUGACCCAGAGAAGCAGCUCAUCAUCAAAGACCCGUAUUAUGGGAGCGCCGAAGACUUUGAAAAGGUCUACGAACAGUGUGUACGUUGCUGCAAAGCAUUCCUAGAGAUGAACUCCUAACAACAUCCAACCUUAGAUGAUCUCUGCUGAAUCUGUCGGUAAAAACUAAUCAAAUAUGCUUCUACUGUGUCUCACAAGCACUCAACCUUAUAACUCUUUUUCGGGUUGUCACUGGAAGAACACAUUUGUUUCCGUGUUGUAAAUGUUAUACAAACCACACGUUGUGUACAUUCAGAAAGAUGCUGUAUGGACGAGAUUGUAGACUGUAAAUUCAGGUGAUUAAUAAAAUGGAUAAAUGAGAA